AUGUCUGGAAAUGAUCCACAGGAUGAUGAGUUACUCUAUGAGGAGUACCUUACGUUACAGGAAACGAAUAACGAAACAACAAGUACGUCUAGAACGGCAACACCGAUGCCACCACCGUCACCGUCACCUCAGGAGAUAAGAAAUACAAUAAGCACAAUUAUACAUUCUCUAGAACAUGAAAUACCACCCACAAGAGGAAAUGGACCCAAUGAAAGAGGGUUACCUAUAUUUGCCAACAGAAGAACAAAUUACUUAAGAUCAUUAGUAAGAAACCUACUGUUGCUAGACUAUUUCAUCAUGAUACUGCUAUUCCCAUUUUCAAUAUAUAACAUAAUAAGGAGUGGGUUCAACUCCAUGACAUUAUCUCAUAAUAACGACUUCAUCAAUGAAAUUUACACAUAUUUUGUCUAUUUCAAUUCAUUAAAUUUCGAUUUGCAAAAUAAAUUUGGAUUAUUGGGCAAAUUCCAUAACAUCGUAUUAUACAAUUUCAUGAAUAUAAUUAGAUUUGUUGAAAAUAGCAAUUUACUAGAUACCAAGUGGAAGAAUGUAUCGAUAAGAAUAAUCCAUUUCGGCCUCAUUAAAUCACUGACGACAAUCAUAUACUGCAUUUAUGGGUUUGGAGGUACCAUUUAUCUUAUUGUCAGUGGCUUUUUCUUUGUUUUAUGCUUUACUAUUGCCAUUAAUAGAAGAUACAAGGAAGUAUCCAAGAUAUUUAAGCAAAACUUUGUCACUGACAAUUAG